AUGGCGCCAACCAGCACACUGUCCUUCAAGGGCACCAACCCCGCGCCCAACUACCUAGUAUCCAUGAACAGCAUCCAACAACUUCUAAACGCUAAAUCCUCCUUUGCCGACCCGUCCCUCAGCAGCGCCGCCCCGAAACCGUCUUCCUCAAAUAUCCAAACCCCUAGCAAGUCCACCCCACUCGACCCCGGCGCGCAGGCGCAAACGCGGGCCCGCGCUCGAGCCGACGAAGAAAAGGACCUGGAGCAGUACGCCGGGCUGGACGCCAACAUGGGACUAGGUAUGGUGACGGGGAAGACGAGCGCGCAGGCGAUUAAGGAUAGGGAUACUAAGAUCUUGCGGGGGAGGCUGCUGGGAAAGGGGCGCAAGGUGGGCGAUGGGGAGAGCGGGAAGAGGAGGAGGGAGGAGAGUAGUGAUGAGGACGAGGGACGGAGUGGGAUUGUGAGGGGGAAGACGGGGGCGAAGAGAAGGGUGAUUAUUCAGGCCGAGGACGGGGGACACCGCGAGGGACCCCGAGACGAGCCCGCGGCCGAGCCUGAGGCGGACAAGGCGGCGGCGGCGGAUGUCGUGAUGGAGGAAGCGCCAGAAGCUGACAAGCAGCCGAAUACGGACAUAGAUGCGAAUGGGGAUGGAAGCACACAGGAAGACGCGCAGGAGGUGGAGACGAGGUCCAAGGAUGGCGAAGCCACCCGACCUGACGAGGACGCGAAAGCCAAGAAGAAGCGCAAGAAGAAGAACAAAAAGAAGAAGUCGAAGACUGCGGUGGUGGAGGCCGAAUGA